AUGUGGAAUCCGAAUUCAGUCGACAAUAGACAACUAGAGAAGCGUGUCAUAGUGGGCAGGGUGCGACCAACUUGGGCCCGGAAUCUUCCGGAAGCAAGAGAGGACGAUGAGAAGAAUGAACAGGAAGGUGUGAUGCCACACAGUGAACCACCGUCACCGACGGAACCAUGGGAACAGCAAACUAAACAAGAGGAUAAAUAUGACGUUUUCGGAAAAGUUAUGUUGCUUGGAGACAGCGGAGUGGGAAAAACAUGCAUGCUCGUGCGCUUCCGCGACGGGACGUUCCUCGCCGGAAACUACAUAUCAACCGUCGGCAUCGACUUCCGGAAUAAGGUGGUGACAGUCGACGGUGUCAAAGUAAAGUUGCAGAUUUGGGACACGGCCGGACAAGAGCGCUUUCGUAGCGUUACGCAUGCUUAUUACAGAGACGCACAUGGCAGAAUGUAUAUCUCUGGCGAGCAUUUAACAAUUUCAACAAAGGCAGCUCAUCUUAAAUUUCUUGGCACUAGCGAGGUUAAGGCUAUGCAUAUAGGAAGCAUGCUCUUCGUCUAUUUUUAAGUGGCAAUAUGCUAUUAACUACUGAUUAAGGUUUUAAAUUAUUAUAGCUGCGGACUUAUUGUGUACCAGUGUGUAAUGCACAUUACCUAAUUGUAGUAUGUUGCGAAUUGUGGAGACUUAUAAUUGGGUUUUUAUUUAUAAAUUUUACUUAUAAUUGGGUUUUUAUGUAUAUCUACAAGUCUUUCAACGAGUUAAUAAAUAAUAAGAUAUAUAAUUUAUGUUUAUUCUGCAGCCCUUCUAUUACUAUAUGAUGUGACCAAUAAGACGAGUUUCGACAACAUACGCGCUUGGCUAGGAGAAAUUCGAGAGUAUGCACAGGAUGAUGUCGUCAUCAUGUUAUUAGGUAACAAAUCCGAUAGCGGCUUAGAGAGAGCGGUGAGGAGGGAGGAGGGGCAGCGACUGGCGAGAGAGUACCAAGUCGCGUUUAUGGAGACAUCUGCGAAAACCGGACUCAACGUGGAAGCGGCAUUCGCUCAUGUGGCGCGCUCUCUAGUUGCCAAGGCGAAUCCAGUCGAUCCAUCCAGGCUGGCAGUGCGCGCGCAACCAACACAGGAGCCGCGUUCUUCGUGUCCGCCAUGUUCGUAAAUCGCGUGUCAAAUUAAAACAGCCAGCUGGGUCGACCGAAAGCUGUCAGAUGCGCGCCAAAUUUAAAAUUCGAAUUCAAGCGGACCAAAGAGUUAUAUUUGUCUGAACAAGCUCUCUUUAACGCGAGAGUAAUAGUGAGAAAGGCUGAAUUAAUAUUUGGCACUAGUAAUUAAAAAAAUACUCCCAAUUUUGAAUAUAAUAUUUAUAUUACAGUUUAUUUACACAAGAAUUAAGCAGAACUAAAUAAUAAGUUUUAGUCAACACAUAUUAAAUAUAAAAUUUAUUUUAAAUUAAUAUGUGCGUAUAUCAUUUUCAAACUAAGUAUUUUUAUGUUAAAAGCUAUAUUGUGUACUUUCUAUGAUUAUUUUACAUGAAUUUCAAAUGUACUUACUUGUAUAUUAGUACAGAAAAUUUUAUA